CAGUCUAUUGAAAUACACAUAAAUUACCAAUCAGAUUAUAUUUAGUGAUAACAGUUUUUAAGGAAUUUUAUUUGAAAUUGUAAAUGCAUUUCCAUCGCAGAGUCGUGUGUGAGACGAACUGAAUUAUGCUUUUAGGUGGUGUGCUAUAUGUUUACAAAGGAGAAUGGGGAUUGCCGUCCAUCGACUUUGAUUGUCUACGUGCUCUGUGCUUGGUGAAGUUUACGCGAUGCCCACUACAAAUCGACACCAAUGUCAAUCCCAUGCGCUCGAGUACGGGGAAAUUACCUUACAUACAGAUUGGUACUGAAAGAUUCUGUGGAUACCGGGAGAUCAAGAAGAUGUUGGACAAAGAGGGAUUUGCAAUCGAUGCCAAACUUCAAGUAAAGCACGAAUUGCUCUCACCCGCCUACGCUAAUUGGGUAUUCACUAAUCUUCAUUCAUACUACAACUAUUUCAUGUACGGCGAACCAAACAACUUCGAUACCACACGCAGCCUGUAUGCGAAGCGUACAAUGUUUCCAUUAAAUUUCUUUUACCCGAGUAGUUAUCAACGGGAGGCUUGUGAUAUUGUAAUGGUGAUGAGCGGUUUUGAUCCGCGCGAUAAGCUGGAAAAUCAUGAUAGUGACAGUCUGACCAUUAAUGCCAAAAAAUGUGUUAAUCUAUUAUCGAAAAAGUUAGGAAAGAAAGUCUGGUUCUUCGGUGAUGUCUUUAGUGAAUUCGACGCUAUUGUUUAUUCAUAUUUAGCUAUACUUUUUAAAACUACACUGCCCAAUAAUCCACUUCAAAAUCACAUUAAAGGCUGUCAAAAUUUAGUGAAUUUCAUUAAUCGCAUAACAAAAGACAUUUUCAAAAAUGAAGCUUUCAAUUCAGUCAAAGCCAUUAAAAGUCAAUCAUCCAAUGAUCCACUUCUAACAGCUACGGAGCGUCAUUUCUUGGAGUCUGAAAAGAAGACUAAAAUUUUAGCAGGGAUUGGUGCAGUUGUGGCCAUGGGAACUUUUGCCGCCUGGCGUGGUGUCUACAAACAGUUUUCCAAUUCCAAACGUUAUUAUGAUGGCUUGGAGUAUGAAGAUGAUGAUACGUUGGAAGACGAUGAGAUGGAUUAACUAAUUUGUCCUGCGGCAAAGCAAACGGUUGCCUUCCAUUAAGAAAUUCUGCAUGCAAACUAAUAAAAUUGUAUACAUAAAUAUUGAUUUUGGAUAGCUUAAACAAACUGAUUUUACCAGAACAUUUUAGUAAUGUUGUAGUUUACCGCCAAGUUAUAUUUAGUCGCUUUAAGUUUUAGUUUAUUAAAUAAAAAAUAAAUAAAAUAAAUUGAAUUAUUUGAGAGA